AUGAAUAAUCAAAUAGUCUUCAAACAUGUCGGCCAAGCCCUACAGUCGCAAGGCCCAUUCACUGGAUGGCGCGCCGAAGUGCCCGUCCAGGAAAGGGCUAUGAAGGUCCUCCAAAUGUAUGGAGCUUCUCCAGUCUUACCAUACUGGCUCGAGACUAACGGUGCUUGUUGCAGGAUAAGCUCUCUCCGGCUGAUCCAGCCUCGCGUCGAACUCCAAAAUGCCGUUCAGGCUGCUCUCACCUUUGAGGAGAAAGCCUUCCGUGAGGCAAAUCAAAAGGAGGAUUAUGAGAAAGAGUGCACAAACAAACUUCUGGCCAUUCGAGACACCAGGCUUCGGCAGCAGGCCGCCGUUAUGCAAAGCGGAAUGAUGCAACAAGCAGGUGCUGCCGGUGGCAUGCCGGGAGUCCGCCCAAAUCAAAUCCAACCUCAAUUUACUCCGCAGAUGACCCGACCCAUGCAGUCGUCUCCCAUUCCUGUGCAGCAGCCCAUGGGCAUGGGGAUGAAUAACCCCAACCAGCAAGCGACGUUGCAACAACAGCAGCAACAGCAGCCGCAGCAUCAACAAGCUCAACAUCGGCCUGCGGCCGGGAUGCCAGCAGGGGAUGAUUUGAGCAUGCUGACUCCGCAGGAGUUCGAACAGGUGUCUCGAAUGGCAAACCAGAUCCUGAUGAAGACAUCUCCGGAGGAUCUCGAGAGGCUUAAGAUGAACGUCCAACGGAGUCUCACACCUGAACAGAAGCAGAUGCUUGCGCAGAAGAACAUGGAACCCUUGACCUGGUACCUUCGUACCCAGGCUCUGAAGCAGCUGCGGAUGCGGCGUAACCGGAUGGAGAUGGCUCGUGCCAACGGCGCCAUGAUGGGUGGUGACCCUAUGAUGAAUUCGGCACAGCGGCAGAUGGUACCGAACAUGAUGGGUUUGCAGCGCAAUUCAGCCCUCCCGAUGAACGGGCAGCAGAACCUCGAUCCGACCUCCUUCAUGGGCAGUGUCGAAAAUAUUCAAGGUCAACAAGCGGACGGGCUCCGCUCUCAGGAAGCGGGCCAGCUGGUGGUCCCGGCAAGCACCUCGCAGAUGAAUCCACAGCAGUUUGCCAAUUCUCAUGGGAUGUUUCAAGGUGGUGCACAACAGCAGCUCGGACAGAACGGCCAGCCGAACACCAGUCGGCCUGGUGUCAACCCGCAACAAUUUCUUGCCCAGCAACACCUCCAAAAUGCCCAAAGUGUCCAGCAAGAACGUAUCCAACAGGCCGCUCAAUUUCAGGCACAGUCGCAGGCGCAGGCGCAAUCACAGGCACAGGCACAGGCACAGUUGCAAGCACGCGCCCAAGCCGCCCACAAUGCGAAGAUGGUCAUGACUACGCAAGCCGGGGGUCAAGCCGGUUCUCAGGUGCCCCAGACGCUUCCCCAGCAAAGUCCCGCAAUGUCGAUGUUAAAUCGCCCAAUGGGCCCGCAGAUGUCUCCCGCGCAGACCGCGUCCCAAGGUCGGCCACCUUCCCGACCUCCCGGCAUGGCCGGCCAGCAGCCAGGUAGCCAACAAUCCACGAUGCAGUCUCGACCGCAGAUUCCCCCGAAUCUACCCCCCGCCGUCCAGGAACGCUUGUCGCAGAUGACUCCGGAGCAGAUCAAUGCCUUUUUGAUGAACCACCAGCGUCGUCUUCUGGCUAACAGUCAGGCCAUGGCCAGAGCCAAUGGCCAACAGUCCAUGCUCAUGCAACCCAACAUGUCCCAACCGGGACAGAAUGGACAGUUGGUCAGUGAUCAGAACAUGCGGGCAUCCUUGGCGCUUCAGCAGUCGCUUUCCGGCAUGGGUGGUGCCCAGCCACAGAACCCAUUGCUCCAAGGUCAACAAAUGUCCCAGCAACAGCAGCAACAACAGCAACAACAGCAGCAAGUUCAGCGACAACAGCAACAACACAAUGAAUUUAUCAAGCAGCAGAUUAUGCGGUCGCAGAUGGAUAUGACUCCUGAGCAGAUCCGGGAGAUGGAUCGCGUUCCAUUCCCUCCUCAAAUACUCAACUCGAAUGCGAAUAUGAAUCCGCCAAUACCCAAGACGGUCAAGACAUGGGGUCAGCUGAAGCAGUGGGUGGCCCAGAACCCCCAGGUUCUCGGAAAUGUCGAUCUUCCCAAGUUACUGCAACUCCAACGGCUCCAUCUCGCUCAGACGAUGGCCAGCCGAAAUUCUGACCAAAAUGGACCGUUGAACCAUCUCGGCCCGCCACAACCGUUCAUGCCUCCGCAGAACUUUCGGCCUGGUCAGCCGCAGCAACAGCAGCCUCCGCCAAUCAAUAUUCCUGCAAUGCGACCGAUUACGGCCAAUGAUAUUCAGGCGGCUCGUCAGCGAUUGGGGCCGCAGGCUCAGAAUUUUACGGAUGAGCAGCUGCGGGAUCUGAUCCAGAGGCAUCGCCAGAGGCAGCUCAUGCAACAUGCUCAUAAUCGAGCCGCGUCCCAGGCCGCCGCGGCUCAAGCGAUGAACCAAAGCCAACAGUCGCAGCAACCGUCCCACCCGCAGCAGCCCGCCGCUCCUCAGAAUCCGGCACAACAAAAGCAGCCGCCGUCAUUGCAACCUCCGCCACAAACUCCGCAGUCGAACCAACAGGUGCAGACGGCCCAGGCAGGCGGUGCGAAAGCUCAAGCUCAAGCUCAGGGCGCGAUGGUGGCUGGCAAGAAUGCCAAGGCGGCAGCGGCGAAGUCGACUACCAAGAAGAGGCCUCAUGGCGAUGAGGUGGUCGAAGUUCAAAAUUCCACGACCCAGCCAGCUUCGCAGGCUACCACGACCCAAGCGAGCACGACGGCUACUGCUCCUGCGCGACCCCCGCUACCCUUCACUCGGGAGCAGCUAGCUGCCAUGACUCCUCAGCAGCGGGCACAGCUUGAGGCCCAAAUAAGGCGGCAACAACGGCCGCAAAUCACGAAAGCUGCUGCGGAGGAAGCCUGGAAUCAUCUCCCAGAUAAGCUCAAGUAUCUGUACACGGAGAUGGCCAAGAACACCCCUGCGCCGGAGCCGGUGACUGUCUCGCCGGAGGAUAAGGCUACGAUGGCUCGGCAGCUCCGGGAGUCCACAGAUAUGCUUGGGAGGCUGGACACACUGGUUCAGUGGCUUGCGAAGAUUCCUGGGCAAGAGAAAAAUGUUAAGGUCUUGUUUAGCAUGCGGAUACAACUGAUGAGGCAGUUCAAGGAUCCGGAUUGGUCACUUAAUGACCAAUUCUCCAUUGCGCCCGAAUACCUGAGAAAAUCAAUCGCGUACAUCAAAGGCUUGUUUGCUGCAAUGAUCAGCAGAGUACAGAAUCAGCAGCAGAGUCAGAGGCCAGGAGGAGCCGCUGCGCAGCCGCCGAGCGGCCAGCCCACCAUGGCUCCUCUCAAUGCCACCAACCUGCAGGCCCUUCAACAACAGGAGGAAGCACUUCAGCGGGCUCGCCGAGCACAGAACCAGGCUGUCCCAGCGGCGCCUACGGUUGCACAACCUCCAUUCCCGUUGGGCGCACCUUCUCCGCAGGGAGUUCCACAUGUUUAUGGGCCUGGUGGAUUUUCUCCCGAUAAGUUGAAGAUUCCCCCUUCCAAGAGACGCAAGCAGAGCCAUGCAGGAGCUACCACGACACCAACUACCCCCGGAACUGGAGUCGCCGCUCAAGCGAAACCGGAGGCCUCGAAGCCAUCAGAUGCGGAGGCCAAAUCCUUCACAUGCUCUGUUCCCGAGUGCGAGCAUCACAGCAAAGGUUUUCCGAGUCAGGCUGCCUUGGACAAGCACAUUGAGGAAAGUCACAAAGCUGAGGAACAAAUUGAGGACCCGCUCCAGUAUGCACUGGAUAGUUUCAAAUCUGCCCUGGUCGAUCUUGCGAAAGAAAAGGAGAAGUCCGAAACAAAAGCCACGAAUAAGCCACCGGCAGCCGCUGACGUGCAGCGUGCCGCGACUAAGUCUGCGACCGGCCCCAGUGUCAAGCAGGAAAUCAAGGCCGAGGGCGCGACCCCGGCCACUGCCGGAACGACGCCAAUGGGACGUGUUUCCAGUCAGGCGGGCCCCAAAUCGGUGUCUCCAGCAUCAAAUCAGCUUCCAACACCGCGGAUGGGUGCCGGAAAAGCUCCUUCUUCAAACCGACCAACUCCGAGCAAAGAUAGCAAGAAAGAAUCCGAAAAGGUUACCGAUCAGGUGGUGACCUCGGAGGACGCCCAGUUGAAGGACGGGUGGGCGGACAGUACCGUAUCUCUCGACCUGAUUAGCGAGGUAUUCGAUUCUGCUAGGAAUGAAGACUACUUCGGGCUGCGCGGCGAUCCGUUUGAUGAAUUCCUCAAUGCGGACAUGUUCACUCUGGCGCAGGCUGAAGAUACUCCCGAUUCUGUUGAUAGCGGCGGCGCCGUCACACAGACCCCCAAGGAUGGGGACUUGUCCAGGGAGGACGUGGUCAUCAAGAUUGGCGGACCAGAGGAUGACAACUGGAUUCCCGCCGAUUGGUUCUCUCACCCUGGCCCGCUCGGGGAUCGGAUGUUCAUAGAGGACCCGUGGGUUGACAUUGAUUGGGAGGCUCUUGAACGUAAAGAGGCCGAUCCAAUCAGUGGUGAUGAUGGUGGCCUGACCUUUAUCUCGAGCUAG